CUCCGUGAGCAGUCAUGCAGGCAUCGAAACUCGGUGUGGCCGUGCUGACAUGCGCCUGCGCCCUCUUCCUCCUCUCCCUCCUCGCCCUCCCUCUCACCCGCUCCUAUAGCCUCCUCAUGAUUCCAAUUGCUCCUGUCCAAAUUCUGUACGGAGGAAGCCAUUGGGGUGGUGUAGGUAGCGAAGGCUAUGGCACCUCCGCAUGGGACAACUCCGGGUGGAACGCACACUACCACCCUCGUGAUGGUGCAAGCAUGGACUCAGAAUCGAUGGAGCCGUACACUUGGAGGAAAGGACCACGAGUUAAUGAUGAAUACACGGGGGUCAUGGCCUCGGGCGACCCAACUGUAGACCCCCCGGACUCCUGGGAACCUCCUAUCAACUUCAAGAAAAGCCGCAAACAGCUUCUGCUUGGUGAAAGUCAGCCCCCAAAACCAAUGCUGGUGUCUUGGAAUGAUAAGCCACUUCGGCAACAAGUCCUUAGGCAGAGAGAUCAUUCGUCAGAGCGCUCAAGAGUUCAACACACUUCCAGAAAUCCCAAGAAAGUUUUCCUGGAACUGUACGGAGGAAGCCAUUGGGG